UUCAACAAUUCAUCCAUCAGAUUCACUCUCUUCUCCUUUUUCAUCCACAUUCAUCCAAACAUGAGUAAUCAGCCUGAAUCUUCAUCAUCGGAACCAAAAGGACCACCGCCGCCGCCGGCGGGCGGGAAAAAAGACUAUUCGACGGCGAUAUUAGAACGGAAAAAAUCUCCGAACAGAUUAGUAGUUGAUGAAGCAGUUAACGAUGAUAACUCAGUUGUCGCUAUGCAUCCUAAUACUAUGGAGAAAUUGCAGCUCUUUCGUGGCGAUACUAUUCUCCUUAAGGGAAAGAAAAGAAAAGAUACAGUCUGUAUUGCCCUUGCUGACGAAACUUGCGAUGAGCCUAAGAUCAGAAUGAACAAGGUCGUUCGAACAAACUUGAGGGUUCGCCUGGGAGAUGUUGUUUCCGUGCAUCAGUGCCAAGAUGUGAAGUAUGGGAAGCGUAUCCAUGUUCUUCCGCUAGAUGAUACGAUUGAAGGUGUCACAGGGGACUUGUUUGAUGCGUACUUGAAACCCUACUUUUUGGAAGCAUAUAGGCCAGUAAGAAAGGGGGAUCAUUUUCUGGUCAGAGGAGGUAUGCGAAGUGUUGAGUUCAAGGUAAUUGAGACUGACCCGGGGGAGUACUGUGUUGUUGCUCCGGACACCGAAAUCUUUUGUGAGGGUGAGCCCAUUAAGAGGGAUGAUGAGGAUCGAUUGGAUGAGAUUGGUUAUGAUGAUGUAGGUGGUGUGAGGAAGCAGAUGGCACAGAUUCGUGAAUUGGUCGAAUUGCCUCUAAGGCAUCCUCAACUUUUCAAAUCCAUUGGAGUUAAACCACCUAAAGGUAUUUUGCUAUAUGGGCCUCCUGGUUCCGGAAAGACACUCAUAGCAAGGGCCGUAGCCAAUGAGACUGGAGCUUUCUUUUUCUGCAUCAAUGGACCGGAAAUUAUGUCUAAACUAGCUGGAGAGAGUGAAAGCAAUCUUAGGAAGGCAUUCGAGGAGGCUGAAAAGAAUGCUCCUUCAAUUAUAUUUAUUGAUGAGAUUGAUUCAAUUGCUCCUAAAAGAGAAAAGACUAAUGGUGAAGUUGAAAGGAGGAUUGUUUCACAGCUAUUAACACUUAUGGAUGGAUUGAAAUCUCGUGCACAUGUUAUUGUAAUGGGAGCUACAAAUCGCCCAAACAGCAUUGACCCUGCUCUGAGACGUUUUGGCAGGUUUGAUAGGGAAAUAGACAUAGGUGUGCCUGAUGAAGUUGGACGUCUUGAGGUUAUUCGUAUUCACACCAAGAACAUGAAACUUUCCGAUGAUGUUGAUUUGGAAAAGAUAGCUAAAGAAACACACGGUUAUGUUGGUGCUGAUCUUGCUGCUCUUUGCACUGAAGCUGCACUUCAAUGCAUCAGAGAAAAGAUGGACGUGAUCGACUUGGAAGACGAUUCUAUUGAUGCUGAGAUACUGAAUUCUAUGGCUGUCACAAAUGAACAUUUCCAGACUGCUCUUGGAACCAGCAAUCCAUCUGCUUUGCGUGAGACUGUUGUGGAGGUUCCCAACUGUAGCUGGGAUGAUAUUGGAGGUCUUGAAAAUGUUAAGCGUGAACUACAAGAGACUGUCCAAUAUCCCGUGGAGCACCCAGAGAAAUUUGAGAAAUUUGGCAUGUCACCCUCAAAAGGAGUUCUUUUCUAUGGUCCUCCUGGGUGUGGAAAGACACUUCUAGCAAAGGCUAUUGCAAACGAGUGUCAAGCCAACUUCAUUAGUAUCAAGGGACCAGAAUUGCUCACCAUGUGGUUUGGUGAGAGUGAAGCCAACGUAAGAGAAAUUUUUGACAAGGCCCGUGGGUCUGCACCAUGUGUCCUCUUCUUUGAUGAGCUGGACUCAAUUGCAACUCAGAGGGGAAGUAGUUCUGGUGAUGCAGGUGGUGCUGCUGAUCGAGUUUUAAAUCAGUUAUUGACAGAAAUGGAUGGAAUGUCUGCCAAGAAGACAGUUUUUAUAAUUGGAGCCACCAAUAGGCCUGAUAUCAUUGACCCUGCACUACUCCGUCCAGGGCGUCUUGAUCAACUCAUAUAUAUCCCACUGCCAGAUGAGGAUUCUCGCUACCAGAUUUUCAAGGCGGCAAUGAGGAAGUCCCCAGUUUCCAAGGAUGUUGAUUUGAGAGCUCUGGCAAAAUAUACACAAGGCUUUAGCGGGGCUGAUAUAACAGAGAUAUGCCAACGUGCGUGCAAAUAUGCUAUCAGAGAAAACAUUGAGAAAGACAUAGAAAGGGAAAGAAAGAGAAGUGAGAAUCCCGACUCUAUGGAUGAGGAUGAAGACGAGGUGGCGGAAAUCAAGGCGGCUCACUUUGAGGAAUCCAUGAAGUAUGCCCGUAGAAGUGUGAGUGAUGCCGACAUUCGGAAGUAUCAAGCAUUUGCUCAGACAUUGCAGCAGUCCCGUGGAUUUGGUUCGGAAUUCCGGUUCCCUGAAGCUUCAUCUGGGCCAGCAGCUACUGCUGCUUCUGACCCAUUUGCUGCAUCUGCCGGUGGAGCUGAUGAUGACGACUUAUACAGCUAAAUUGUCAUGAAAAAUGUUAAGUCAUGGCUUUUGUGGGAUUUAUAUAUUUAUAUCAGCCGCGGAACCUUUUGUUAUACUACCGUUGACAUUUCUGCUGUCGAAACUUGUAACUACAUUUCAUCUUUCAAGUUUGGAUUCGGCAUGGUGGUUUAUACUAAUUAAAUUAUGUAUGCAGAAUGUAGAUACAUUGUUUUUUGUUUUUAUGAACGAUCUAAUGGUCUACCGUUUAUUAUAUUA